GCUUGUGUUCGCUACACUUCACGGUCGGUGUCUCGCGCACGAGACUAGACGUGAAGCAAGAAACAAUACUUGACAAAAAUCCAAAUCCUUUCUGAAUCCAAAACCAAGUUCUUACCUUUCUUGUCGCUGAAGAUGGCCACUUCGAUAUCACUGAAGCCGACGAACCUUCUCCUCUCGUCUUUCUCAACCGGCAGAGUCCUCCAUCUCCGCCGCUCCCGUUUCAGCCACAGACCGUCGCCGUCUUCGUCUUGUCGUCGGACUCUGGUGGCUCAAUUCGGGUUCAGUCCAGGCCCCGUUUCUCUCGAUUUGAUCAAAGAACAUGUCGAGAGUCUACUCUACACGAUCGCUGAUGCAGCCGUCUCGUCCUCCGAGACUUUUGAUUCUUUUUCCGGCACUACCACUACCACCACCACAAACCAGAACAGUGAUUGGUUCACUGGUAUCGCCAAUUACAUGGAAACUAUCCUCAAGGUUUUGAAAGAUGGGUUAUCAACUGUAAACGUUCCUUAUUCUUAUGGUUUCGCUAUCAUUCUACUCACCGUGCUUGUUAAGGCUGCUACCUUCCCGUUGACCAAGAAGCAGGUAGAAUCUACUAUGGCUAUGAAAUCUUUGCAGCCUCAGAUUAAGGCAAUCCAGGAACGGUAUGCUGGUGAUCAGGAGAAAAUUCAACUUGAAACUGCCAGAUUGUAUAAACUUGCUGGAAUCAAUCCUUUUGCAGGCUGUCUCCCCACACUAGCUACCAUACCAGUCUGGAUUGGCCUAUAUAGAGCCCUUUCAAAUGUUGCGGAUGAGGGGCUCUUGACGGAAGGCUUUUUCUGGAUUCCUUCUCUUGCCGGUCCAACAACUGUUGCCGCAAGACAGAGUGGCAGUGGAAUAUCAUGGCUCUUCCCGUUCAUUGAGGGACACCCACCACUCGGAUUGUCAGACACAUUAGCAUAUCUUGUCUUACCUCUAUUACUCAUCUUCUCUCAGUAUCUCUCCAUUCAGAUUAUGCAAUCCUCUCAGCCGCAGAGUGAUGAUCCAGCCAUGAAGAGCUCACAAGCGGUGACGAAGUUUCUCCCGCUGAUGAUUGGCUAUUUUGCACUAUCAGUUCCUUCUGGUUUAAGUCUUUACUGGUUGACCAACAACAUUUUGAGCACAGCACAGCAAGUAUGGCUUCAAAAAUAUGGUGGUGCCAAAAAUCCGAUGGAGAAGCUCACUAAUUUGGUAACCAAGGAAGACAAAACUCAAAAAGUUGACAAGUCUAUCUCACAACCUCUAGUUCAGAAGUCUGUCUCAGAGCUGAAAAUACCAAGAGACAAGGGUAGUGAAAAAGUGACCUCAGAAGGGCCCAAACCUGGUGAAAGGUUUAGGCUGCUCAAAGAGCAAGAAGCAAAGAGACGUCGAGAGAAAGAAGAGGAGAGGCAGAAAGCUGAAGCAGCUCUGUCAAAUCAAAAUACAGACAGCGCACAGGAACAUGAGGGAAAAUCUGACACAGGUGCGGAAGAAACAGGUGAUGGCUCUGCCGCUGUGAAUGGGAAGCCUUCCAUUCAAAAGGACGAGACUACUAAUGACAAACUCGGCGUUGGCCAUGAUGCAGAGAAACAACAUUCUCAUGAAACAUAGAAGUGGUUAACAAACACCUAAAGGCGGAUUGAGGAAAAGUGAUCUUUCAGGUUUUAGUAUUUGUGCAGAAAGAAAUGGCCAAGUGGGUUUUUGUAAGUCGUGGAAGCUUACUUCAUGUUCCUUACAUAUUCUUAUGUAUAAACAGAAGGUUUUGCUCUCAUACGACAAUGGUUUUACUCUAGAAGCCUACACUAUGACACUUGUCUUCAUCUGUUAUUAAAAUUUGAAUAGAUAAUGCA